AUGCAGUACAAGUCGCUCACCUUCCUCCUCUUCUCGGCCACAGCCCUGGCCUCCCCAGCUCCCCAAGCUUCAGUGACCGAGGAUCUAGAUGAUAUUCCCAACUCCGUCAUCGUAGCCCUCCAAACGGCCAUCCCAAGCUCAGUCUGGGCGGAGGUCAUGUCGGACCCUUCAUACGUCAACUCCGCCAUCUCCAACGCUAUCAUCUCUAGCGUCUACCCCGACUGGUACUCCAACGUCCCCGAGAGCGUGAAGCCAUAUAUCACAGCCGCUCUCAUCUCUGAGUCACCUACAGCUUACUCCUCCGCCGUCGCCGCCGCUACCUCCAGCAUUAGCGGCUCCGCUUCUGGCUCCAGCUCUGGCUCCAGUAGCCCAUCGGUAACCUCCAGCGGUGCUUCUAGCACUGGAUCCACCACUGGCUCUAGCUCCGAUGCCUCGUCUACUGGUGUCACGACCUCUACUGCCAGUACUACCGAUUCCUCUUCUACUGCUGGCAGCUCGGACUCAGCUUCGUCUUCUGCCUCUGGCUCUCCUUCUCCUUCUACUUCUGAUGGUGGUGCUGCUCCUACCGGUGUUGCUAUGGGCCUUGCUGGCGCCGCUGGUGUCCUCGGACUUGCCCUCGCCCUCUAA